CAAGCCGCGAUUCGCGAUCCCGUCUUCAGCUCCAGGACCUCGCGCCGAGACCUUUUCCAUGGCGACCCCCGAGUACGACUAUCUCUUCAAGCUGCUGCUCAUCGGCGACUCAGGUGUCGGCAAGUCCUGCCUGUUGCUGCGCUUCGCGGAUGAUACCUACACGGAGAGCUACAUCAGCACCAUCGGCGUGGAUUUCAAGAUCCGGACCUUGGACCAGGACUCCAAGACCAUCAAGCUGCAGAUUUGGGACACCGCCGGCCAGGAGCGAUUUCGCACCAUCACCAGCAGCUACUACCGGGGCGCCCAUGGCAUCAUUGUGGUCUACGAUGUCACGGACAAGGAGUCCUUCAACAACGUGAAGCAUUGGGUCCAGGAGAUCGACAAGUAUGCCGCCGACGGGGUGAACAAGCUGUUGGUGGGCAACAAGUGCGACCUCUCCUCCAAGAAGGUGGUGUCCUACGAUGAGGCGAAGGAGCUGGCGGAUAGCUUUGGGAUCCAGUUCAUGGAGACCAGCGCGAAGAACGCCCACAACGUGGAGCAGGCCUUUCAGACCAUGGCCCGCGAGAUCAAGCAGCGCGUCGCCUCCCAGCCCCAGGCGAAGAGCGGCGCCGGCAGCACGACCAUCGGCGCCGGCCGCCCCGUGCAGCAGGGCGGGUGCUGCAAGUGACUCCACGAAAGCACCGAUCGCUGUGCGCGAGGCACGCCGUCAAUUCAAGGUGGACACAUGCAGAAGGAAAAGCCCACGCCGAGCGAACACGCCGCGCUCCGAAGCCCGUGGAAAGCCACGGAGCCGAGCCGCGGUGUUUUGCAGACGUGGCGAACUGAACACGGGGGAACUUCAACUCACUUUCCA